AUGGUGUCGCUCUUCGGCAAGAAGAAGGAUGGUGCUUUUACGGGCGUUUAUAUCUUUAAGGACUCGAUGCAGCGCUGGCAGAUUUCCGAAGGCGACUAUGUAGCGGCGGAGCUUCGUAAGGCCGACAAGGCGACUCAAAAUACAAAAGCUAUGUCUGGGCCGGAUUGA